AUGUGGUUCUCAGCUCCGACGCAGACAUUUGCGUCAGAGAGCUUGGACUUUCAGCUGGCUUCCAUCUCGACCUUGCCGAUCAAUCUCUCGUCACAGCUUUCCACUUCUGCCGCACCUAAUUCUGCCCUUGUCGCUGCUCUUCACGAGCUGUCCACCACAAAGCCGCCGAUACGGAACAAAUUAGAGAGUGUCCUUCAGACGCUGGUGGAAGAACGACCUUCCACAAAAGGAGCUCAGAAUGUCAGAGGCGUGGACAAAGUGAUGCAGGAGGAGAUCGUCGCGAGGGCAGUGACGAUGAUCUGGAAAGAGGUCCUGGAUCAGUUGAUGGAAGUCGCUCGUGAAUUAGAAUCGGAGCGACGGUACUGGGAGAACGUGCUGAAUUCGCAGUUGGGUGUCGGUGUCUAUUUUGUCCAGACCCUUCCUCAAAGAGUGCUUCGAGCCCUUCCACCGAAAGACACGUUCUCCGUUCGAUCCUUCACAUCCCUGCAGACAUCCUCCCUGUUCCCUCACUCCCCUUCUGCGGCCAUUUCCACCCUCUUGUCACCUUACACACUUACACGAAGGGAAGUCUUGCGGUCUUUCAAAGCCGUCACUCGAGCCAGGGAUCUGGUAGCAACUCGCAUAGGGAUUCUGGCGACACGAGGGCCAAGAUGGACGUCUGAGAAAUUGGAGGAAGAGACAGAAAGAAUCUUUGGCGUCAUUGCAGAUGUGCUCGAGAUCCCCGAUAGAUCCGAUAGCUCUGGGCCUGGGCUGACUGUUGCGCCAUACACCUUGCUGGAUGUGUUGAAAAAGGACCUCCCACGGUCCAAAGAACACGUGAAAACCGCCUUGGAACAACAUGCUCGACCUGGACGAUUGACGCGAUUAUGGUUCCCUCUUCUGUUCCUUCCCCCUAUGCUCUACUUCACUAUCUCGACCAUCGGGCGCAAUGGACCUUGGCUGAGGCAACAGCUUGGCAAUGCGAAAGAGACGAUCAGAGGGUUCUUCGUUUCCUGGGUCUGGGAACCACUGGAAGGUAUAGGCAAGACCUUGCGUGGAGGUGGCGAAGGUCUCGGUGUCGCUCCCACAACAGUCAAAUCGGAUCAGGCUAGCUUGGAGCGGAUGGUGAUGGACCUCGGUCGUGAUUACUACCAUCUGUCAGGUGCAGAGUUGGAAAAUCUCGGUCGUCAAGUCAAGGAAGGGGACAUGGAUGCGGUGCUCAAAGUCUAUGAGAAGGAACUACAAAGCCCUGUCAAGAAUGCCCUCCUCGGAUACCUCGUCCGAACCCUUUUGAUCCAAGUCCAAAAGACCAAAACCGAUCUGUCCCUGUCUCUGCUAUCGCUCGACCACCUCUUACGCUCUCAACAGCUGACAUUCGCUUUUGUCGGUGUCGCUCCUUCUGUCCUGAUUUUGUACGGUGUCGGCGGCUGGCUACGAGGCUUCUGGCGAGGAGAACAACGAGGCAAGAGCCGGAGAAAGACUUACUUUUAUGGUCUCAGAGACAUUGAACGGCUUCUUCUCGUUGCGCCAAAGAAAGGAGAAGAGAUGUCCGUACAGGAUCGAGGGCUCCUCAUCGUAGCUGUCAGUGGUUUGAGGUCCUGGGCCCGGGGUAUGGGAGCCACGCAGGACGCAUUUUUGGACGACCUGAGGCUGGUGGAAGAUCCACAGCUCUCUAGAGGUACAAAACUACGUGCUGUGGAGCGUAUAUGGCGAAGCUGGGGACAUGACGGUCGUCAAAGACCAUGA